UGUUCCAAAGUGCAUUGUUAUAUUAUUUAAUUUGGUAUUGAUGUCGGUUCCAACUUGCUUCUCCAUUUCUCUGGCACCACCGACUAGCCCACCGGCAAUAUGGUUCUCUCCACACACAACACAAACCAUAUAUGGAGGCUUGCGCCGGCAAGGUUCUGUGUUCACACUAGGCCAAUUGCCCCAUAACGUAUAGGGAAUAUUAAUAAUUAAGAUAAAAUUGGAGGAUAAAAAGGAAUUUUUGCUUUUUGUAUAUUUAUUUAAAUAUUGAAUUUAUCUCAUUUGAAAUUACUUCUCAUAGAAGUUCUCAUACUCUUAAUUAACACCGACUGACUCUUCAAUGGCGGCUGGGAAACCAAUUUGAACCUUUCCAUCAUUCUCUUACAUAUAUAUAUAAGGAAGACAAUUUCAUGGGAUUGUUGAAAUGUGAUACUUAGAGAAGGCAUGUAUUUAUUUAGUUGCUUACUAUUAUAGAACAAGCUAAUUAAGCUAUUAUUAUUAUUGGAUUGCAUUGAAUGUGUAUUGCAAAGGUGGCGAAUCCUCAAGAGAAAGGAAACAAGGUUGUUGAGAAGAGGGAAUUGGAACUUGAUGAGAGGAUAAACAACAAGAAUUCUACAUUGUCAUCAUCAAUGCAUAUGAUAUUCCCGGGUUUGAAUAGGGAGGAGGAGAUGUCUGCCAUGGUUUCGGCUUUGACCCAUGUUGUCUCUGGUGAAGUUCCAACCGGUGCAGAUGACGGUUAUUCACUUCCAACAAGUAACAUGGCUUAUGGUUCUUCAACAUUUUCUAAUUAUGUUGUUGGAAGCGGCUCUUCUUCUAUCAAGAGAACUAGGCAGCAAGAUGAUAUAUCCUUUGUUGACCAUUUCUCUUCAUCACAUGGUGUAGCUUCUUCAUCCCCUACUACUAUUCAUACAACAAUGAAUAGAGAAUGUUCAAGAGAAAGUGGAAGUGGGAGUGGAGAGAUGGGAGGAGGAAACAGGGGAAGGACAGUCUAUGAAUACAGAGCAAGAGAAGAGAAUGUGAGAGAGGAAGAGCCAAGAAGGAAAUACAGAGGCGUGAGGCAGAGGCCAUGGGGCAAGUGGGCAGCCGAGAUUAGAGACCCAUUCAAAGCCGCCAGAGUCUGGUUAGGCACCUUUGACACUGCCGAGGCAGCCGCCAGAGCCUACGACCAAGCCGCCCUCCGUUUCCGGGGCAACAAGGCCAAACUCAACUUCCCCGAAAAUGUAACGCUCCUCCGCCACGCGCCACCGCAAAUCACUACUUCUUCGCUCGUGGCUAUUCCAACUUCCACUGAGGCCAUUGUUCAUAGUGAGCCUCUUAUUAGCACUACUUUGCAUGGUUUUUCUUUUUCUUCUUCUUCCGCGGGUUUGUAUGGGAAUUUCUCCACCAUGGAUUCCACUACGACGGUUAUGGCUUCAAGUGUGGCUUCUCAUCUUCGUCAUUCUUCUCCAUCGUCAACGCAAGUUUCGCCGCCGUUCUUAUCUUCUUCUGCGUUCGGUUCCGCUAUGCAGUUGCCGGCGGCGUGGUCAUCGGCUUCCGGUAACAGCUCGUCUUCGUCGGGAUAGAUUUUUCCACCGUUGCCAAUUAAGAUAUAUGAACGUUUCUCUUUUUUUUUAAAUUUCCCUUAUUAUUUUGUGCCGUAGGAGAUGUUUACUGGCUCAUAGUUCUUGUCCCAAUCUAUUGUUUUGGCAAGCUGGAAAGUGAGGUUGAGGGAUGAGAAUUAUUAACUAUUAAUUUUGCGUGAAUAAAUGCGUACUUGAGUUUCCAUUUUUUGGCAAUCAUAUGAAAUGAAUC